AUGGGGAUCACGUCAUCCACCGAGACGAAUUCCAGAUACGACCUGUUCACGUUAGAGAAACUCCACGAACUAAAAGAAGCCAAAAAUCUGGACGACCAUCCGGACAAAGAGAAAAUAGUAGAGAUGGGCCAAGUUUCUCUAGAAGUGUGGUGGGACGGGCUACACGUCUUAUUCCCGGCAACCAAGGGAGAAUUGUCAACAGAUCAAACAAAGGAAGGAGGAGGCACAGAGAUGGACGAAGACGACCAAGUAUUUGAGAGGUUUUCAGAUUUCAUGAAAGAAGGUGGUUGCAAAGAGUCUUUUAGUGCUCUGAUAGACUGUUGCCAGGAUACUCGAAGUCUGCCUAAGUGUAAGGAACACUUGCCGAUUCUGAAGAAGUGUAUGGAUGCUCGCAUUAGUUACUAUGAGCCAAUUCUGGCUCUUGCCAAAGCUACAGAGGAAAAGGCCAUCGCCUUCGCCAAAGAGGAAAAACGAAAGAUGGACCUGGCUGCCAUGACCCAAGCUCAAGCUGGGAGUGAUUGA